AUGGCGACACAAACCUUUCACGAAGACAUCACCUAUCCUACUACACUGCACACGGACGAUGACGAGGAUGUCGUGGUAGUUCUGAUGCAACCAAUCACAUAUCAGCCCACAACGCCGGCCGCUCCCACCACUCCACCAAAGCCCCACCAGGCUGUUUCCCAUCAGCUCACAAGCGACAACUUAGCAAUGCAAGACAAUGGCUUCGACACUAUCUUGGAUGCCGCCCAAAAGGCUGCUAAAGCAUUGGAUUUACAGCGAGCAGGCAAUGAGCUGGGCUUCCAUCUCCGGCUUCAACACUACGCUAACGAUUGGGUUGAUCUCAAUGCUCUACAAAAAGCUGCCAACUGGGCUAACACAUCUAAGUUAAUCUCUCUGAUCUGUGCCGUGCUGUUCCGUGGUACUGUUCGGAGAGCUCCUCACGACCAUGUUCUGCAUGAAGAAUGCGACGAGCACUUGGGUUUGAGCAAGAGAGAUAGGUUGCAUCAAGAUACUCCCCUUUUGGUCAAAAUUGCUCUCCAAAAAUCCAACUUGAGCUGGGCUGAAUUAUGGCUUAAUGAAGUCGCGUCUCCUCAGUUCCAAAAUUUCGGCAGGUACUGGGCUGCGAAACAAGUCAUUGAAGCAUUCAUGCCCCCUCAGCACGCAGUGGACUCUGCGAUUGACUGGCUACAGUCUUCAGGAAUUCAUCGCGACAAUGUGACACAUUCCGACGACAAACAGUGGCUUGUUUUCCCUUACUCAACUCAACAGGCAGAAGACUUACUGCUAGAUUCUCUCCGUCGGCGGCUCGAUGAUUGA